AUGGCGCCCAGUGCAAUCUCCCCGGCGACACAGGAGCCAGCGGCUCUCUCCAACGUUGUCAAGUUGAUCAAGAACGAUGAUGCUGAGACGAUUGACCUCGCUCUGCGACAGUUUCGUUGCUUGAUCGCCGACCUUUGCCAGCAAUUCUCUGGUGGACAUCCGGGAGGUGCUAUGGGAAUGGCAGCCAUUGGCCUCGCACUCUGGAAAUAUGUUAUGCAAUAUUCCCCCAACGACCCAGACUACUUCAACCGCGAUCGUUUCGUCCUCUCCAACGGCCAUACUUGUCUAUUCCAGUAUACUUUCCUUCACCUCACCGGUUACAAGGCCAUGACCUUUGACCACCUCAAGUCCUAUCACUCCUCCAACUACGAUUCAUUGGCCCCUGGACAUCCUGAAAUCGAGCAUGAGGGAAUCGAAGUUACGACUGGUCCUCUAGGCCAGGGAAUUGCCAAUGCUGUUGGUCUUGCCAUGGCUACCAAGAACCUCGCCGCCACUUACAACAAGCCUGGUUACGAUCUUAUUAAUAACAUGACUUACUGCAUGAUCGGAGACGCCUGUCUGCAAGAAGGCGUGGCUCUUGAAGCCAUUCAGCUAGCUGGCCACUGGAAGCUCAACAACCUUGUGGUCAUGUACGAUAACAAUCAGGUUACCUGCGAUGGUAGCGUCGAUUUCUGCAACACUGAGGAUGUCAACGCCAAGAUGCGCGCUUGCGGCUGGGACGUUAUCGAGGUUGAGGAUGGUUGCUACGACGUUGAGGGCAUCGUCAAGGCUCUACUUAAAGCCAAGGCGAGCACCGACAAGCCCACCUUCAUCAACAUUCACACCAUCAUCGGCGUUGGCAGCAAGGUCGCUGGCGAUGCGAAGGCCCACGGUGCUGCCUUCAGUCCCGAAGGCGUCAAAGCCGUCAAGGAGAGCUUUGGCAUGGAUCCUGAGAAGCACUACGUCGUCUCUGAUGAGGUCUACAAUUUCUUCCGUGACCGUAAGACCCGCGGCGAUCGUCUCGUUGAAGACUGGAAGCGUCUUGUUCACGCUUACAGCAAAGAGCACCCUGAGCUACACGAGGAGUUCGUCAAACGAAUUGAGGGUCGCUUUACUGAAGACUGGCGAAGCAUCAUUCCUGCCAAGGAAGAUUUGCCGACUACCCCUACACCUUCCCGAAAGUCUGCUGGUAUUGUCUGUAACCCUCUCGCUGCUAAGAUCAAGAACUUCAUGGUUGGCACGGCUGAUCUAUCACCCUCUGUUAACAUGAUCUGGAAGGACAAGGUUGACUUCCAGCAUCCCGAUCUCAAGACCACAUGCGGUAUCAAUGGCGACUACUCCGGCCGCUACAUCCACUGGGGAAUUCGCGAGCAUGCCAUGGCUUCCAUCUCGAACGGUCUCGCCGCCUACGGCAAGGGCACCAUCCUUCCUGUCACUUCCAGCUUCUUUAUGUUUUACAUUUACGCCGCCCCUGGUGUCCGUAUGGGCGCUCUCCAAAACCUCCAAGCCAUUCACAUCGCCACCCACGACUCGAUUGGUACUGGUGAAGACGGUCCUACUCACCAACCUAUUGCUCUUGCUGCUCUCUACCGCUCUAUGCCCAACAUCCUUUACAUCCGACCUUGCGAUACCGAAGAGACGGCCGGCGCCUUCAUUACUGCCCUUGAGGCCAAGGAUACUCCCUCUAUCAUCUCCCUCUCCCGACAGAACCUCGAACAAUACCCUCAGUACUCGAGCCGUGAAGGUGCCCAGAAGGGUGCCUACGUCUUCAUCGAGGAAGAAAACGCAGACGUCACCCUCAUCGGUGUCGGUGCCGAGAUGGUUUUCGCUGUCAAGACCCGCGAUGUCCUUAAUGAGAAGUUCAAUAUCAAGGCUCGUGUCGUGUCCUUCCCUUGCCAACGUCUCUUCAACUCUCAGCCCAUUGAGUACAAGCGCCAAGUCCUCCAAUACCGUUCAAACGCUCCCCGCGUUGUCAUUGAAGCCUAUGCUAUCAACGGUUGGGAGAGAUACGCCGAUGCUGGUUACUCCAUGUCGACAUUUGGCAAGUCUCUGCCUGGAAAGGAUGCAUACAAGUACUUCGGCUUUGACGAGAACGUUAUUGCUCCUGAGGUCGCUAAGCUUGUGGAAGAGGUUAAGACGGAGGGUAUCGAGAGUCUCCGCGGCGAGUUCAGGGAUCUCAACAGUAUAACACAUGAACAUUAA